AUGGCGCUGGUCGCCACAAUUGUUCUCGCUCUUUGCAUGCGCGGAGCUGCUUCGGCGGGGCGAUUUUGGCACUCUGCCGGAUCCACACACAAACACGGUCCGAGAGCUCUUUUGGCCAGACGCUCGGGCACAGAUUGUCCUGAGGGCAAUGCCACUCUGGGUCCGUACGUCCAGGAUCAAAUCAAGAAAUUGUCGUUAGCCUCAGCGCAGCGCGGUGGUAAAGAGCUUGUCAAGGAUGGUGUUUUGCCUGGCAACACCCAUGUGCACGUUCAGGCCAAGUCGGACCAGACUGGACAAUCGCAAUCCUGGUCUUGGUCGUGGUCCUCACACUCGUCCUCUUCGUCGUCUUCAUCAUCGUCAUCAACCUCUUCCACGAAAUGGUCGGACAAAGACUCCCAUCACGCAACAAAUAGCAAGGACGAGGACAGCGGCAACGAAGUCCUUCUCGCACCGCACAAAUACGAUACAGGGUCAUCCAUGCAGCCGCAUCCGCGGCCGCAGCAAAUUUCGCAGCCUCAAUCAGUGACCGUUCAUAUCGAGACCAAGUCGGGUCGCACAGAAAGCCACUCGAGCUCAAAGCAAUCGAAGUCGACUGCGAUCGAGGACAGGAAUGGCAAAGUGGUCCGCCACAGCUCGAACACCGAAUCGUCUUCAUCUUUUUCCUCCUACUACAGCCAUUCGUCCAACGUAUUCCAUUACGUGAUCAGCGGCAACACCGAGAAAUGGAACAACCCGGCUCCUUUCGCGAAUCCUCAAGUCGAAUGGACUCGAUCUUCUCUUUCGUCCAAGCUUGCCAUCAGCUCAGCGACCGGCCCACACAUUGCUCGUCCCGCCAUGGCCGACACGUGCAAUCGGAAAUUUCCCUUCACGAGUCAGGCAUUUACAGCCAGCGACAAGGAACCUCGCUUCGCCAAGCCAUUCCCCAAAGAAGCACUGGACCCGGUCUCCAAAAUUGCACUGGACCUGCACAACGUUGAACGAGCACGAUACAGCCUGCCACUGUUGCAGUGGAAUGCCGAGCUGGCCAACAUGGCGUCGUGCUGGGCCGACCUCAAAGCAUACGGCCACUCGGAGGACCACUUUUGCGCGUCAGGCGAGAACAUCGCCAUGGGCCUCGGCAGUCCAUGCUACAGCAAUCCUAUGGAGGGUAUGAAGAACGCCGUCUACUCCUUCCUCGACGAAGACCGCAACUGGGCGCAGAACCCGCACAUUAGCGAAGCCAACGGUCACUGGACGCAGAUCGUUUGGAGGGAGACUCGCUUUAUGGGAUGCGCUGUUGCGCAGCGCAAGGACUUUAUGGAUGGCUAUGAUCCCAAUGACCAAAGGGCGUCGAUGUAUGUCGUCUGUGAGUACUAUCCGCCAGGCAAUGUCGUGGGAGAGUUCGACAGGCAGGUUCCUGCUGUUCGUCCCACGCCACAGCUACGUUCGAGCUGCUCCGCCAACGAGAGACACGGCAGCUAG